AUGGUUAAUAGAGAGCCAUUGUCGAAUCUAAACGACCCCGUUUUGAAGACUAGAAUCUCAUUGGAAGAGGGUUUUGUUGAACAAAAUGCUACAGUACCAAGUCCUGGUACUCAAUUUCCUGAUUCAGAAGCCGAUGUACUCCAAUUUAAAAGCAAUAAAAAUAUGCCAGAGGAAAAGCUUCUUGGUGGACUUCUGAGUUCAGGAUUCAAUGAAUCUUCUUGCUUAAGCAGAUAUAAAUCCUUCUUAUUCCGAAAAAUUUCACCCCACAACCCUUCCAGCUUCCUCCUCUCCAAGCUUAGAGCUUAUGAACAUCUUCACCGGCGCUGCGGUCCACUUACAGAAUCCUACAAAAAAACCCUGGAGCACCUAGUUUCAGGAAAUUUUUCAAUCCCCUCAGGCUGUAACUAUGUUGUUUGGAUUGCCUACAGUGGCCUGGGAAACAGAAUAAUGACCAUAACUUCAGCUUUUCUUUAUGCACUUGUUACAAAUAGAGUUUUACUUAUCGACCAGCAGCCUGAAAUGGCUCAUCUCUUCUGUGAGCCCUUCCCGGAUACAUCCUGGUUACUGCCUGUUGAUUUUCCCUUCAAGAAUGAAUUCAAAAACUUUGAUCAAAAUUGUGUUCAGAGUUAUGGCAACAUGUUAAAGUAUGAGAAGAUAGAUUCCUUGUCAAACAAGUUAUUGUCAUCGAAUCCUUCAUAUCUAUAUAUUCAUCUUGCUGAUGAUUCGGACAAACAUGACAAGCUUUUUUUCUGUGAUGAGCACCAAACCAAUUUCAAAAAAAUCCCUUGGUUGUUUAUUAGAUCAGAUAGAUAUUUCGUUCCAUCUUUAUUCUUGAUUCCCUCUUUCAAACAACGACUAGACAUGUUAUUUUUCAAUAAAGAAACAGUUUUUCACCAUCUAGGGAGGUAUCUUUUUCACCCUUCAAAUCAAGUUUGGGGAUUAAUUACAAGGUAUUAUCAAACUUACAUGGCCAAGGCUGAAGAGCAAAUUGGUAUCCAAAUAAGAGUAUUCAGAACUGCAACAACUCCACAUCAAGCUGUUUUAGAUCAAGUCUGGGCCUGUACUAUGAAGGAGAAACUUCUCCCGGAAGUAGACUACUCGAAAUCUAUAUCUACAUCUCCAGCUAAAAACAUGAACAAAGCAAAAGCUGUAGUUAUAACAUCCUUAUAUCAUGAGUACUUUGAGAAUAUAAGCAACAUGUAUUGGAUUUACCCAACUGUGAGUGGUGAAGUGAUUGAGGUUUAUCAGCCAAGCCAUGAAGGACAUCAAAACAUUGAGAAUAAUCUGCACAACAUGAAGGCAUGGGCUGAGAUGAAUCUGCUCAGUAUGUGUGAUGUUUUGGUGACUAGUGCUUGGUCAACUUUUGGGUAUGUUGCUCAGGGCUUAGCAGGUUUAAAGCCAUGGAUUUUGCACAAUAUUGAGAAGAGAAAAGCCCCAGAUCCUCCUUGUUCACGAGUUGUGUCUAUGGAGCCUUGUUUCCAUUCUCCUCCAGUUCAUGAUUGCAAGGCAAAGACUAGGGUUGAUUCUGGUUCUCUUCUUCCUCAUGUGAGGAACUGUGAGGAUAUGCAUCAGGGGAUUAAGUUAUAUAAUCAUCAUGAAUAACGAAAGAGUUUAUGAUACAGUGAAGCAUCACUUUGCUCAUACAACAGAACAGAAAUGGAAGAGUGAACUGCAGUAUUUCCUGCAAGUAAGUUUUGGUAGCAGAGAAUAACUGAUUGAUACAAAGUUAACUUGAAUUCACUGGUGUGAGUAAAGUGUUGCAAGUCGCAAUCCUGUACAUAAAUAUGAGGGCAAGAAAACUUGUAUAGCUAUAAUGUGUAUUUCAAUCUUUCUUUGAUAAUUUUU